AUGAUCCAUUGCCUUCUAGUUUCUAUUUGGAUUCAUGGAAUGAUGAGAGUAUUUGGAUCAAAUGUAGCUACGAUAGGCUAUAUAAAUACUAUCAGCGGUGCGAGGGAUGAAUUCAAUAGUCUUUUCCCUCCAUAUAUGAGAACUACCGAUGGUCAGAUAAACAAGAAGAUGACUCGCCUGUCGCCGGAGUAUAUAACGAAGCACUUUUAUGUUUUCCAAGGUUUGAGGGAGGAAGAUAUAAUGGAUGGUUUUGUUUAUAGUCACCAUGAGGAGAAUCUUGAGGCAGAACAAGAGGCGUUUGAGAUGAAUAAAGAAGUGAUCCGCUUACAACGCAGAUGUUCAAUGCGGGAGAAUAAUGGAUCGCCUAUGGAAGGACCGAGUCAUCAACUGUCGAGGCCAUGGGGCCCACAGGAAGGAGUGAAUGAAAACCAGAUGCGUAGAGCUCAAGCAGAAAGGUUGCGUGAAGAUGAUGGAAGGUUGGAAAUUUUGUCACCGCCAAAGGACUGGUCAAGUGGAGGAACCACACGUCAGCAAAUGGGUGAGUGGAUUUUCUCACAGAAAAGGGCCAGGCCAGAAAAUAGACAUUUGGACUCAAAGUCAGCCCACUACCAGACUCUAACAAUAGAAGAGGUAAUGGAACAACUUACAAGUCAUUACUACCAGCGUGUCCCAAAUAGGGAGUCAAGCCCAUUUUGGAGAUCUUGGAUGGAUGUGCAAGUGGGUCAAAGUGAGUCUAAUCGAGUUUGGGCCCAAGGUAAAACUAUAAGGGGGCCUGAAAAUCGCUUUAUAGCUUCUUGCCCUUUCUUGCCUUUGCCGUCGAUAGAUUCACUGGAGUCAUAUAAUCCCAGUGAACUUCGUCAAAUGUGUAUCAUGUCUGAUGAUGAUUUUGAGAGGCGAGAAAACAUACGCCUAGGUAAAAGACCAGUGCGGGAAGACAAAGCCCAGGGUCUGCUUAAAAAACAAAGAAGGGAGGAAAGGUUGUGGGAUGAAACAGGGAAACAUCAAUCGAAGCUGGUGAUGAUUCUAGAACCACCAAGUAGAGUCACAGACAUCCAUCGAAGACCAGAUCAAGGCAUGGGGGUUAGAGAUGAAUCGAAUAGCAGUGUGAAUAAUGUGUCGAAGCAUCCAAGGUAUGGAGUGGAUUUGCCGUAUCCAACAAGAGGGUAUGGGAAAGAUAUAAACUUGCUGAUUGAUAGUUUGGGCAAAGCAAUGGAGGAUAGAAACCGUAUGACUGUUGAUGCACCAAAUGCUUUUCCGGUAACAGACUCAUCUUCGAAGGAUUAA